AUCGGCACAAUCCACACUUCUCAGUCUCGAGAACCCUGCUGCAGCGUGCAGCCUCACAUACUGCCACAAUGUCAACUAAUAUCCCAAACGGGUUGAAGCCCGCAGAUAUCAACCGCUUUGCCACUCGAGCUCGUCAGGUCGAGAAGGCAAAGCCCGUGAUAUGGUAUUGGUGCAAUUACUGGAUUGUCAACCAGAUAUUGUCCAAGAACCUCCAUCACUCCGAUGCAGAAUGUUUAAAUUUUACCACCGGACUUAUGGACAAAUUAGAGCAGUUCAAAGCUCAGCAUUCAGAUAAUGAAGCUGUAACGGAUGAUACGGCCGGUCAGGCAUAUGUGGAACAAUUUGGAUUAGAGACCUUUCACAGAGCCGAUAACGCUGUGCAAGCAAACAGGGCGUCACUGCAAACGGCAGAUACAUUCCAGGCAGCUGCAACUUUCUUGGAGCUCUGCCAGAUAUGGGGCCAAGUUGACCCUGAGAUUGCUGCUAAGAUAAAGUUCGCUAAAUUCCACGCUUUACGCAUUGCGAAGGCUGUCAAAGCUGGAGAGGAUCCGAACCUCUCCAAUCCAUCACCAGAAAAGAUGGAGAACGAAGGUGGCCUUCCAAUGGAGUCGAAUAGCCCCAGCGUCGAGAAACCACAGGAUGCUGAGAUGCCUGCGCUCAGAAGAAUGCGGCAGCCGUCUGUGGAGGAAGUGCCCGAUGAAUCUGAUAGCGUUCAGCGCCGCUUAGCAGCACAAUCAUCGGCGGACGAAUCCAUCCAUCCAUCCAGAUCAUCGUCUAGACCCCCUGCUCACACUGAGAACCUACCUCAACCACCCAGCGGACCUCCUAGUAACAUACCGAGUCCUACAAUCCCCGGCAUGAUGAAUCUUGACGGGGACCUACGUCAAAGGCCCUCCCAUCUCUCCCAAGCUACAGUUCCUGACCUCCCAGCUGCACCAUCAGACUUCCCACAGGGUUCACCCAUCUCCGGCGUCGGGACGCCGACAAACCUAGGCGCACCGCCAGAGGCAUUUCCCUCGCUGAACACCUUCCAAUCGUUUCCUCCUCCAGCAGUAGCCUCCCACGAAGCCCCGCCAUCCCCGCGAGCCUCGUCGCCUAAGGAGUUCGAGAGGAUUGCUCAUGCGCGAAAGCCAUCGAUAACUCCAUCUACAGUUCCUCCACCACCAAAGCCAGUGCCGCCCAUGCCGGCGUAUGCCUCGACCGCUGGUAACUCGGUCGUUGAUGAGGAUUCGAUGGCGCAGGCACAAAAGCAUGCUAGAUGGGCGGUGUCCGCAUUGAAUUUUGACGACGUGAAUACGGCGGUCAAGGAGCUAAGGAAUGCCUUAAGGCUGCUUGGCGCAAGAUGAGCGACUAACUAUGGCGUGGCUUUUGGAGAUGUUGCUAUAUAAUAUCACGACGAGAAACCUAGCUAUUCACCACUCCGCACCAAACUUGCAGAACUUUUAUUCGUCAAGAGUCAUUUUGCUCAAGAUUUUCAGCAGGAUGCGCAAUUCAUUUUUUUUUGCCCAGCGUUGAAAGUGUUUGUAGCGCAGAGCUACUUCGUAAUGUCACAUUAUUUUUGUCUAAAAAAAUAAAAAUAAGAAUAAGAAAAUAAAAACAGUAGUGGAAGAGUG